GUUACUUAGAACACUUCGUUAAUUACAUUAAUCAUCACGACUGCCAUUGAUACCAUUAAUAACGUCCAAUAAAAACCCGCGAUCUACUGACACUUUUAAAAAUUCCCGAGCCUACUUCAUCCUUUCCGUGCCCCCUCCAUUAAAUUUUUUUUGGUUAUAAAAAGCCGGUAGUUUAAAAAAUUCCACAGUAUAGUUCAAUAUUCUUAAAAAUGGUUCCUUCUAGUAAACUAGUGAUCAUAUCAAAUUUAUUUAUAAUCGUGUCUUUGUUAAUAAUCGAAGGUGAAGGAAAACAACCCGUUCCUUUGAAAGAUGUAGCAAUUGGUGCCACUGUUAAUAGGCAAAAUACUGAUAGAAAUACAGCAAAGGUAUUGGGUAAUAUUAUCAAUGACCGUGAAAAAUAUCCAGAUAUUUAUAAAAAAUUGACUGAAGUAAUUCAUUAUCCACCAAAAUGGGGAAUGAGACAAUUCAUCUGCUCGGAGCCGCUAGAUUCAGUUCUUGAUCCAGCAGUUCAUACAGAUAAUUUUUAUUUUAACAAUAAAAAUGAAAAAAAUCGUGUGUUUAAAUCCUUCGAAGCAGACUCUAUCAAACGGGGUGCAUUUAAUAUUGAUAAUAAAUACUUGAACACUAAUUACACUUGUAUUUUGUUCGAGCUGUGUAAUAUAAAGGAAGAAAGAAUUAAAGAAAAUGUCAAAGUUAUUAAUGAAGAAGAUUUGCCAGCUAAAAGAUCUGAUAUUCACUAUUUCGGGAAUCUAACUGCCAUUGUGAGAGCUAAGCGGGACAGUGAGACUCAUUAUGUUUCGUCAAUUUCUAAAGGAAAUUGUUUGGCACAGAUUUACAUUUAUGAAACGGAAAUAGCGAAGGAAUCUAAACAGCAUCUGAUCAAUUAUCCAAGUAAGAAUCCUACUUUCACGGGACCCCUAAUAUCCGCAACAAACAACACAAAACUUGAAACCUGGACUAAAGAAUAUUUGGAAAAAUUACAAACUUCUCUUCUUAAAUUUGAAAGCUUUCAACCAAAAAAUCAGAGCGAUAUUUUCGAUCAUAUGGAAAGCGAUGCAGUCAGAGAUUUUGAAUUGAUAAAACUACCAGAAUUACCAGAUAAAUUAGCUAAGCCAGAUAAAGAAGUUAAGCCAGAUAAAGUAGUUAAGCCAGAUAAAGCAUUAACUGCUAAAAAAUGGGCUCAAUUGGUACCAGGAGACACUUUCGACAUAACACAAUUCAAAUUCGACGAAGCUGUCAUUAUUUCAUCUCUUCCGAGAGCAGACCCAGUUGAAAUGGAAUACUUCCCAGAGUCUGAUGAAGAUUACCAAAAAGUAACUCUACGUACUAUAGUUGAUAGUGAAAAAUCCGCAUCGAAGUGCCCAUUUGAGAAGUUAAACUCUCGGGACAGCAGCCAUCUUGAUGAUCACGAAGGCUUGGAGGCAUUCGAGUGUAAUUUGGAAAAAAAAGACUUUGGAAUCAGUAAAGAGUAUCGUAAUGAGAAGUAUAAAAGAGUUGAAGUAAGAAUUUGUCGCACAGUUGGAAAAUUAGCCCUUCCCGAAUCAAUGACGAUCAUUAAUUGGGACAAAAAGUUUGAAGAUAUAGGUUACAAUGUUCUCAUUGAUGAAAAUGUUGUUCUAAGAUACCCUGUUGCUGGUGAAACGCAUUAUGUAUCUGCUGUUUAUUACGGUGACUGCUUAUAUCAGGCAUUAGUUUACAACGUAGACAAAUUAGAAACAACCAAGCCAGUACACGUGGGUAAAAUAUUGUCAGCAAGUAACAAUGAGGAUCUCAUAAAAUCGAUCAACGGUUUGCUGAAAACUAGUGACACCCCGGCAGUCGGCCUCUAUCAAAUCGAGACUAAUCCAAAAAUGAGAGCUGAGGUCAUUAAAAAAUUAGACAAUAGCGUUGUACUGAGUGUCAAUAUGCGUUCGUUGUAUGCAAAACUUCCGCCACCUCAAGCAGAUUUGUCACAAUACAAAAGUUUCGGCAAUUCGUUGCAAGCUUCCCUCAUAACAAUUAUCGCAAUUAUUGUGGUAGCACAAUUCUUCACAAAUUAAACUUUGUUUUUUAAAGGAACUAAAUAUUUGUAUUUAAUAUUAUAAAGUAAAAUGUAUCAAUUUUAAUUAUUGUUUGUAAUAAAUUAAUUAAUUA